AUGUCGUCAGUAAACAAUGAUAACGAUAAUAAAAUAUGUGAAUUAUUUGAUUUUUCUUAUGAAGAUAAUUUUGAUAAUCGUACAACUAAAGGUAAUAUCGGUGAGCUACAAGCGUUAGUACGAUUACGUGAAAUUCAUGGUAGUUUUAUUUCUCGAAAACCUAUUUUACCAAAUGGUGAUGGUAAAAUUGACUUACAAGGAUAUCAAAAAGAUACUUAUUAUAUUAUUCAAGUCAAAUAUCAUAAAAAACAAAUUUAUGAAGUUACGGAUCAAGUUGUAGAAAAAAAAAUUAAAGAAUUUGAACAAUUUUUAGAUGAGGUUAACCAUUAUCCAAACGUUAAAGCUAUUUUUUAUGACACUUCUGGAAUUGAAAUAUAUAAAGAUCUACACGAAAAUUAUGAUAAUGAUAGAAUAUUUGUGGUCGAUUCAAUCGAAGAUAUGAUUGGAUUGACUAAACAUCCAAUUUCGAUUAGAGACGAGAGUUCAAUAAAGAAAGUUGAUGAUAAAAAUUUAAAUAAUGAUAAGCUUAAAUUACUAAAAAGAUAUUAUCGAGAAUUUUUUAAAGCCGUGUCUGUAUAUUUACAUACUGGUUAUUUGGGAAUUUUUAUAGUUGAUCAAUCCUUUUAUAAUGAUAAUAGUUUGAACGAAUAUUAUUUUAUUGAUCAGGAAAUUAUUGUUUGCACGAAAGAAAAUAUUAUUAAAAACGUUCGUAAAUAUUUUGAUUUUGAUUCAGAAUUUCGAAAAAGACGUCGUUUUUCAAAACGAAAGAUUAAUAAUUUGAAAAAGGAGAAACAAGAGUUAAAACAUAAAAUAGAAACACUGAAAAACCAGUUAAAAGAAAAAUAG